UGCGGGGGGGGAAGGGCAGACCGGGUGGGGGGGUGCGUUAUUUUUCGCCCGCACCGGCCCGGGGCGUUUCCCCCUCCCUCCCGUUCGCCCCCUGCCUUUCGGUGUGUUUCCCCCCGCCCCGGUGUCGGGGAGCGGGGGGGGUGCGGGCGGCGAUCAGGCACCGCGCUGAACCCCUAUGUGUCGGUGCCUGGCGGGGUCCUGCCUCCGGAGCCCGUGCGGGGAUGUCUGGGAGACCCCGCGCCGACUGCUGCUCAAACAUCACGUUGACAUGGAUGAUGAAGACGGCCGGUGCCUGCUAGAUGUAAUUUGCGACCCUCAGGCCUUGAACGAUUUUUUACAUGGAUCCGAAAAGAUUGACAGUGAUGAUCUCCUGGACAACACAGGAGAUGCAGCCAGUGCCUUUUUUGAAGGUGCUGGGCUGCACGUCCAGGAGUCCUCCGGCAACCACCUGAGCAGCGAGCAGAGCCAGCCCACCGCCAGCGUGGACCUGGACUUUUUAGAAGAUGACAUUUUGGGCUCCCCCGCCGGCGGCGGGCCCAACCUGCCCAACUCGGACCAACCCUGCGACAUCCUCCAGCAGAGCCUGCAGGAGGCCAACAUCACCGAGCAGACGUUGGAGGCCGAGGCCGAGCUGGACCUGGGCUCCUUCCAGCUUCCCACCCUCCAGCCGGUGGUGCAGACGGCGUCCGACGGCACCCCGCAGAUCUUCUCCGGCGGGGCCGACCUCAUCGGGCUGCAGCAACCCGCCGUCCUCACCCACCAGGCCUUGGUGCAGCAGCCGGUGGGAGCCGACGUGGUCAACAAGGCCAUCAGCGUCCAGCCUUUCCUCCAGCAGGUCGGGCUGGGGAACGUCACCAUCCAGCCCAUCUCCAACCUGCAGGGUUUGCCCAACGGGAGCCCCGGCGGGACGCUGGGGAUUGGGCCCAUCCAGGUGGUGGGGCAACAAGUGAUGGCCAUCAACCAGUCGGCGCAGCAGAUCAUUGCCAAGCAGGUUCAGCCCUCCCAGGUGGCCACCAUGCCCGUCGGCAGCUACAUCACCCAGUCGGCGCCCGAGCAACAGCAGGUCACCCUGGCCUCCACGGGGGUCUCUCCGCAAAGUGCCGGUCUCGUCAUCCAAAAGAACUUGCCCGCCGUGGCCACCACCACGCUCAACGGCAACUCCAUGUUCGGCAGCGUGGCCGGCACUCAAGGCUCCCAACCCCUCACCGUCACCUCCAACUUGAGCAGCCCUUUGGUGCAGGCCCAGAACGUCAUCAUCCACCGCACGCCCACCCCCAUCCAACCCAAACCCGCCGGCGUCCUCCAGCAGAAGCUCUACCAGAUCACCCCCAAACCCUUCGCCUCCAACAACGCCACCCUCACCAUCCAGAACGAAGCCGCCCUGCAGCAGCAGAAGGCCCAGCAGAACCUCACCUUCAUGGCCGGCAAACCCGGGCAGAACGUGGUCCUCUCGGGCUUCCCCCAGGGCCUCCCGGCCAACGUCUUCAAGCAGCCGCCGCCGCAGCAGCAGGCCCUCAGCAAGCCCAUGAGCGUCCACUUGCUCAACCAGGGCAGCAGCAUCGUCAUCCCCGCUCAGCACGUCCCCCAGGCCAUGCUGCAGGGCCAAAACCAGUUCCUCCUCCCCGGGCAACUGGCCGGCGCCUCCGCCGUCCAGAUACCCCAACAGCUCUCGGCCUUGCAGGCCAACAUGGGAGGGCAGAUCUUGACCACCUCCCACCCCGCUGGCCAAGCCCAUAUCAUAACUAGCCAAGGGCCGGGCGGACAGUUGAUAACCAACCAAGCUUUGCCGGCCCAGAUCCUCACCAACCAGAACAUCGCCGGCCAGUUGAACCUGGGCCAGGUCCUCACCUCGCAGAACGCCCACGGCACCGCUCACAUCCUCUCGGCUCCCAUCCAGCUCCAACCCGGCCAAGUGGGGCAACCGGCUCUUUUCCAGAUGCCCGUUUCGCUAGCCGGCAGCUUGACCACCCAGAGCCAACCUUCCGUGGCCGCUUCGUUAGGCCAAACGGGCCAAACGGUCAUCCAGGGGGUAACGUUGCCUAACCAGGUGGCCAUGCUCAACGCCACCGAGAACCUGGGCCAGGCCGUCAGCAUCCAGGCCUCCGCCGCCACCAGUAGCCAAAGCCCCGGCCUCGUCCAGCCCCAGCCCGCCUCGGGGGCCAACCUGCUGCCCAGUACGGACCAGUCCUCCAUCCUCACCGUCCAAACCGCCUCCCAGCCGCCGGCUCCGCUCCAGCUCAACGUCCCGCCCCCGCCCUCCUCCCAGCAGCCCGUCGCUUCCCAGCCCAGUCCCAGUUUGGCUUCCAGCCCGGAAAAGAUCAUCCUGGGGCAAGCGGCCGCCGCCGGAGCCGUCAUCAACCAGGACUCCAUGCAGAUGUUCCUCCAGCAGUUACCCGCGGGGCAGCAGAAGCUCCCUGGAGCCUCCCCGUCCCCUUCGCUGCCCCCCCCCGCCCCGGGGGACGCCCCGCAGCUCCCGGCCGCCCACCUCUCCCAAAUCCAGUCCCCCCACCCUUCCCGCCCCCCUUCCCAACCCCAGCCCCUCUCCCGACCCCCUUCCCGGCCCCAUUCCCGACCCCCUUCCCAGCCCCAGACCCUCUCCCGACCCCCUUCCGAACCCCUCUCCCGCUCCUGCACCCCCCAGGCCCCCCCGGGCCCGGCCGAAGCCGCCCCCCCCUCCCAGCUUCAGGUCCAGCUCCCGGCUCCGGCGGAGGUCCAGCAUUCCCAGUCCCCCCAUUUCCAGCUCCAGUUUGGCCCCCCCCAAGGGCAGAUCAAACCCCCCACCCCCACCCACGCCCUCCACCUGACGGGGGAGCCCCCCCGCGGCUUCCCCCUCGCCCCCAACCAGUUCCCGACCCCCCCGGCCCUCCCCAGCCCCGCUCCUCAGCAGAAGCAAAUACUGGACAGGUUCCAGCAGGUGCCGCAGGGGAUCAUCCUGCAGCCCAAGCAGCAGCCGCCCCCCCCCAGCAGCCAGGCCUCCCCCGCCCUCGCCCCCUUCGGCAGCACGGCCCCCCCCCGGCCUGCUCAGCGGGCAGGCGACGGCGGCGACGGCGGCGACGGUGACGGCCGCCCCCGGACACGCGCCCGCCGCCAUCCCGCCCUCCACCGCAGGUAUUACCGCCCCCCGUUCCCGCCGAGACGAAAACCUUCUCCGGCGUCUCCACACCGAUUCCUGCCGGGAAAGGGGCCGCAGCCCCGGGGAAGGCGGGAACGCCGCUCGCCAUACAGCAGCCCGUUCAGACGAAGCCGGUGUGUGAUCAGUUCCGUCCUGGGCAAGGGGCCGCUGCAGAUCCAGGUGGUGGGGAAGGGGCUGCCGCAGCUCGUGCCCUCGCUCCCCGGCCAAGGCCAGCAGCUGUACGACGGCAAACUGGGGCUGAAGAAGGCCCCCCAGCUCCAGCCCAGCAAGGAAGCCUGUUUCCUGGAGCAGCUGCACAAGCAGCAGGGCGCCGUGCUGCACCCCGACUACAAAACCGCCUUCCGCUCCUUCGACGACGCCCUGCAGCGCCUCCUGCCCUACCACGUCUACCAGGGCGUGCUCCCCUCCGCCCAGGACUACCGCAAGGUGGAUGAAGAGUUCGAGGCGGUGUCCACCCAGCUCCUCAAGCGCACCCAAGCGAUGCUCAACAAAUACCGGCUGCUGCUCUUGGAGGAGUCGCGGCGAGUCAGCCCCUCCGCGGAGAUGGUGAUGAUCGACCGCAUGUUCAUCCAGGAGGAGAAGACCAUGUUGGCGCUCGACAAGCAGCUGGCCAAGGAGAAACCAGACGAGUACGUCUCCUCUUCCUCCCGCUCGCAGAACCUCUCCUCCUCUUCCUCCUCCUCCUCCUCCUCCUCCUCCUCCUCCUCGGCGGCCCCGGCCGUCCCGCCGGCCCCCGAGAGCCUGAAGUCGCCCCCGGUUCCUCCGCUUCCCCCCCUCCACCCCACCAAGCUGGUGAUCAAGCACAGCGGGGGGUCCCCCUCGGUCACCUGGGCCAAGGCGGCGGCGGCGGCGACGACGGCGGCGAUGACGACGGCGCCCCCCGUCCCCGAGGGGGACGAGGACGCUCUGCCCUCCCGCAGCAAACCCCCCAUCAAGACCUACGAGGCCCGGAGCCGCAUCGGCCUCAAGCUGAAGAUCAAACAGGAGGCUGGGCUGAGCAAGGUGGUCCACAACACGGCGCUGGAUCCCGUCCACCACCCCCCGCCCCCCCCGUCUCCCGCCUCCCCAAGGCCUCCGACCCCCCACGCCGCCGCCGCCGCCGCCACCAUGAACGGCACCGUCGACCACGUCCCCCCCGAGAAAAAACCCCCCGUCACCUACUGCCGCCUCCCCCUGAGGAAAACCUACCGGGAGAACGUAGAGGCCUCGACGGCGGGGGAGAAAAACGCCCCGGCCAAGGGAAACCCCCCCCCCAAGUGCGACAGACCCCCCAACGCCAAGGGGGAGGAGGGGGGCGCGGGGCGGCGCGGCCGCCCCCAAGGGCCAGGAGGAGCCUCCGGCGCCCGGCGCGAGAAGAACCGACCGGAGGAAGGUUCCAAACUCCUCUUCUUCGCCGCCAAAGCCGAGGAAGACUCCGCCGGCGGGUUGAUGAAGGAGCUGGCGGAGGCGGAGGAUGAGUUUUACGGGGGGGUGAUCAAACCCGACCCCCCCGACGUAAGCUCGGGGCCCGAACUGACUUGGGGGGUUGUACCUUUGCCCCCCGCCAAACGUCGGCGCUCGGAAUCUUCGGAGGCCAUGGACAACGCCAGCUUCUCCAGCGACAGCCCCCAGGACGACUCCCUCACCGAGCACCUCCAGAGCGCCAUCGACAGCAUCCUCAACCUCCAGCAACCCCCCGGGGGGCCCCCCGGCCUCCCCCGGCAACCCCCGCCCCCCCCCCCCACCUUCCUCUUCUUCUUCUUCAUCAUCUUCU